UCGGGAUUAUGUCAUGUUUGGCGGAAGUAUACAGCUGAAGACAAGAGAGCUCCUCGCUCCUCCUGGGCGGAGUAAUCGCGCGAUACGGCAAAUUUGUUGAAAGUCACGGAAUAUUUGGACAAAAAUAAAUAAUCUUGUAACGAGGUAAAAUAUACGCACAAACCUUAUUAACCUGUCAUUUACAUAUACGGUUCAAAAUAUAUUUUCUUUUGCCUUCUGACUAGUUGUCUAUAGGACUGACAGAGUAAUACCAACCAGUUAGCUUAGGGAAUUCCGCUGAGAAAACAGGACAAGGGAAAAAAAACUGCUGGAUAGGGAACGUGGAGAGACGGAACGGAACGGGAAGGGUGUAAAUGUGGAUUUCUAAGCUUAAAUGAAUACACCCGGGAAUAUAAAGAAGCGAGGAAAGUUAUCAUGCGUUGGACCUUCAACAUGAUUCCGCGCUGUUUAUACUCGUCACGGCUUUUCGUGCGUUGAUUUUUGGAAGGGGCUGUAUGGGAUCCGCAUUAGCGCCAUAGCUAACUGGCUAACAUCAAAGGAAGCGAAGUUUUCCUCUUCUUUUUCCCCCUUUCUUGUUGCUUUUUUUCCGUUCCGCUGGAUUAAUUUGCUUGGAAGUCCGGGUCGAGCAGGCGAUAGGGGGAUAUGGUCCGGAUUAUACACGUACUGCGGGGCUGGGCUACGAGUAUCACAAGUUUCGGGGUUUAGAGAGGAAGGUGGUUUUUUUCCUUUUCCUCCUUUUUUUUGGAAAGCUGUGUUCCCUUUUCCAUUCGCAGUACAGUAUUGGCAAAGUGGAGGCCCGUUUGACGGAAAAAAAGGACUUGAAACGAAUGGGACACACAUACCGGGUGGGGGAUAAGGAGUUUUUUUUAAUCGCAGAAAGGAAUAAAACUUCGGGAUCGGGGUCCCCCCUCCCCCUUUUUGUUGUCUUUGUUGUCAUAGUUUGGGAAUUUUCUCAUGAGAAAGAGCUGCCGGGAUAUAUGGCGAGCGGGGAAGCUGGAGUGGGAUCUUUUCUGAUGGGAUAGCUACGAAACACUUAAUAGAUUUCGGGAGGAUUAAAAAAAAUCUCAAAAGGGGCCAAAUGGGAGUAUUAUGAAGACGCCUGUGAAUGAAAGUGGAGAAAAACAAGAUCCGUACCGAGAACUAAGGACGCAAAGAGGGUGAAAGACCGGGUGUUAUUUGGCCAGAAAAUAAAUUAACAAUAGAUGCAGCUCGCUUAGAGAUACUGACAAAGGCUGCUGCCAGACAGCGCCAGGCGAGGCGUGCUGUCUGCGCCCGGAUAUCUGCAUUAACCCCCCAGAAAGGGCGUCAGUGCCGCCGCUCGUCGGCUUGCCUCGCGCACGCCGCGCUCCCGCAAGAUACAAGUUACGCGCCGCACGCGACGAUUAACGGUUAUUUUUGUCUAACAAAGAAUAAGUUUUUUAUACCGUACAUCGAUUCUCCUUUUUUCAGAUGUUUUCCCCGCCGUCUUUUCUUUUUCUCUGCGACAAGGGAAAUAAACAAGCACCCGGACAAACAGCGCGACCGAGCGCGAAGUUAGCUGCCUUGUGAACAGUCACUGAUCUGAGCGGAGAAUUUGGACUGUCUGCGAUCGUUUCCUGACGGAUAUCAAGGACCUACUUUUUUUCUACAAAAAACAUACACCGAGGGUUGUUUUUUUUCCUUCACAUUCUUGGUAAAAUGAUAAUUGGAUAAAGGCCGAAGGGAAAACUAGAAAGCCCAAUGAGCGGCACACAGUCUACAGUCACUGACAGGUAUCCUAAAAAACCGACCAGGACAGGCAGCAUUCUCAGCAAGGACCACCCACCAGACAAGAAGCCCAAGAGCGACAAACCCAGCGUGCCCACCUCGCAUGACUUUGACCCCACAGAUCCGCCGUUGCGGAGGAGCGAGGGCGUUGUGUCUGAUCGGAGGCCGGAGCCCUGUGGGCUCGUCCAGCGAUGUGUGAUCAUUCAGAAAGAUGACAAUGGCUUCGGGCUGACUGUGAGCGGAGACAACCCGGUGUUUGUGCAGCUCGUCAAAGAAGAUGGCGCUGCAAUGCGUGCUGGGGUUCAGACGGGCGACCGGAUUAUUAAGGUGAACGGGACCUUGGUGACACAUUCAAACCACGUAGAAGUUGUGAAGUUAAUUCGAUCGGGCUCCUAUGUCGCUCUCACGGUGCUGGGCAGACCCCCGGGGCUGCACCAGAUCCCCCUGUCCGAGGGUGUUGGUGAUGCGGCGCUGCCUGGUCAGGAGCCCCCACCCAUCACCUCCCCCCAGUCCCCGGCAUCUGUGCAUGGAGAGCGUACCUGCAGCCCCCCCGACCGCCGAGACACCACCAUCACAGCCCCCGUGCCGCUCUGGGAGGAGAACAACAUUGUGCACAGCCAGAAGGUGGACAUCCUGCAGAAGAUGCUGUCCAAGGAGCAGCAAGACCUGCAGGCCAUGGAGGAGGAGUAUAGCAGGAACCCCACGCGUAAACUACUGAAAGAGAUUCAGGAAGCCAAGAAGCACAUUCCACAGCUGCAGAGCGAGCUCAGCAAGGCCACUGGCAGAGCACAGGAUGGCCUGCCCUCCCCACGGCCCGGGGACACCCUGCAGUGGAGCGAGACGGAUGAGGGAGCCCUGGGAGACGCGGAUGCCAUCAUGUCCUCUCAGAGCGACUGCACCCUCGACGGCUCCUGGACCAACAUCUCCGCACAGUCCGUACCGCCCGGCCUUCCCUCAUCCUACCCCGACAGCCCAUGCCAAAGAGAAACACCGACUCACAGCCCAAAGAGUACCCCCAGGGGCAGCCUUAACUCAUGCACCUCCCCCGAGGCCGAGAAUACGCCAGACCUGGAUGGACAGUGCCAGUCCCACGUGGGAAGCCCUUCCUUACGGGCAGCGGCCCUCAUCAUCGGAGCUGAAGACGAGGAUUUCACGUCAGAGCAGGAGCCGAUGAACGGCCAGUGCAGCUGCUUCCAGAGCAUGGAGCUGCUGAAGUCGCGGCCUGCCCACCUGGCAGCCUUCCUGCACCACGUGGUGUCCCAGUUUGACCCAGCGCCCUUGCUCGGCUACCUCUACGCCGAGCUGUACAAGCAGACGACCUCCAAAGACACCCGUCGCGUGUUCCUCGACCUCUGCACUUUUUUCAUGGACCGUACAGCGAACCUUAAAGUAGCCGUACCAGAGUUCAUCGCCUCUGACCUCGAGCGGCGGAGGCCAGAGCUGAUUCCAGAGGAUCUCCACAGGCUGUACGUGCAGUCACUCCAGGACUCCCUACUCACCGACAUCCAGCGACACCUGGAGGACUUCCGGCAGAAACGCAACAUGGGCCUGACUCUGGCCGAGGGGGAGCUGAACCGCCUGGACACGGAGCGCGUGAGGAGCCGGGUGGCGCUGGACAGGGAGCGCUCCUGUGCAGAGCAAAUCAUCUCCAAGAUAGAGGAUGUGCUACUGACGUCACCCCCCACAGAAGAGGACAAGUGCAGCACCAUGCAGUACGUGAUGCUGAGCUACAUGAAGCACCUGGGAGUGAGGGUGAAGGAGUCCAAGCGAGUGCGCAUCAACUUCCUCCUGCCCAAGAUUAAGAAGAGCAUCAAGGAUGGAGACGAGAGGGUGAAGAAGCUGCGCUUUCCCAGCAUUCUUGUGCCCCCCCGGAGGCCCAGCUGCACCGACGGCCCACCUAUCAUCCGGGCCGUGGAACUGAACAAGCUGCGCCCCCAGAAGCAGCUGUCACAGCCGGGCCCCUGCGCUUUGGAGCAUCAGCAGGUGGGCCGCUCCCGGGGGAGCCAGACCAGCGAGGGCUCGGACCCCACCCAUGUCCCCGCGACCACCACCUCGCCCCCAUACAGUGCCCCUGGUGGCCCGGUGUCAGAGGGCAGCAGCCGUGAUUGGGACUCUGGCGCGCUGCCAGCCUCGGCUCUCCCCCGGCUCGCCGAGGGCCCCCUGUCGAGCGACUCCGCAGACAGCACUCCUCACACACCCAGCACGCACUUCGACUUCAGCCCGUCCUGCCUGGAGCAGCUGCAGGAGGAGGAGCGAGAGAGCGACAGGGUCCUGGAGGGGGGAACGCCUAAAACAGCUCGAAGGGCGGACCCACUGAGUUCGGCAGACGUGCACAGCGAGGACGACCAGGGUAAUGAGAUCGAGUUUGAACAGGACCCCCCCAACUGGCAGCAGCUGGUGAGCAGGGAGGUCCUGGCUGGACUCACUCCUCCCGAGAUCAAGAGGCAGGAGGUCAUCAAUGAGCUCUUCUACACGGAGCGUGCCCACCUGCGCAUGCUCAAGGUGCUGGAUAGCGUCUUCAACCAGAAGCUGACCAGGGACGCCAUCUUGCCCCCCGCUGAAAUCAAAAGCAUCUUCGCCAACCUGGAGGAGAUCAUACAGCUGCACGGCUCAAUAGCCGAGCAGAUGACCGCCAUCCGGAGGAAUAACGAGACGACCGCGAUAGAACUCAUAGGCGACGACUUGCUCUCCUGGUUCGGCGGCGGCGAAGAGGAGAAGAUCAAGCGGGCCGUGGGAACUUUCUGCAGCAACCAGCCCUUUGCCCUGGAGCUCAUCAAGACGCGACAGAAGAAGGACCAACGUUUCAACUCCUUUGUCUUGGAGGCGGAGAGCAACCGGCUUUGCCGCAGGCUCCAGCUGAAAGACAUCAUUCCUGUGGAAAUGCAAAGGCUUACCAAGUACCCUCUUCUGUUGGAGAACAUUGCCAAGUACACAGAGGACGCAGAGGAGAUGGAUAAGGUGAAAAGGGCAGGCGAGUGCUGCAGGCAGAUAUUGAACUACGUCAACCAGGCUGUGAAGGAGUCUGAAAAUAAGCAGAGGUUGGAGGACUACCAAAGGCGCUUGGAUCUGUCCUCACUGAAGCAGAGCGAGAGCACGCUUAUUGCCGAGUUUAAGAACCUCGACCUGACCAAGAGGAAGAUGGUGCACGAGGGACCCUUGUCCUGGAAGGUCAAUAGAGACAAGACAAUCGAGCUCUACACGUUGCUGCUAGAGGACAUCUUGGUGCUGCUGCAGAAACAGGAUGAGAAGCUGAUACUGAAGUGCCACAGCAAGAACCUGGCAGGAACCUCAGACACCAAGCGCAUCUUCAGCCCCGUCAUCAAGCUGAACACUGUGUUGGUGCGCUCCGUGGCCACAGACAACAAGUCCUUCUUUGUGCUGUCCACAAAUGGAGCCCUGAUCUACGAGCUCAUGGCACAGACUGUGUCAGAGCAACGGACGUGGCUGUGCCUGAUCACGCAGCAAGCAGAGUCCAUGAAAACAGAAUUGCCCAGCAUCAUUACUUUACCUUCAGAUGGGGAUCGCGAAGCUGUCGAGAUGAUCAGUGCAGGUGGACAGAAGCUGAGCAAAGACCCCAACCGGAACUCAACUGGGAGCAUCCAGUCACCAGAAAAAGAUGUCGGCUCUGCACCUCCAGAGAUAACGCAGACCCCAUCAGUCGGUUCCAACCCAUUCGAAGACAACAGAUCAGAUGAGGAGGAGGAAGAGGCUGAACAAGAUGGAGAGGAGGUGGCUUUUGUGGACCCAGAGCUUGGUGACAGGCUGCCUGCUGACUCUGAUGACGACGAUCCAUACACAUUUGGAAACCCAAGCUCCACAGCCGAGGGGGCCUUGAAGACUCUUGAAGCUCUCAAAAAGGUUCUGCUGGAUCACAUGAUCAGCCAGGGUGUAGCUGAGGAGGGCAGACAGGCGUGGCGGGACCACAGGGGCCGUCUCCUGCGGACCACCUCCCUGCGGGGCCCCAUGGACAGCCCAACUGCUCAGGUUUCGGCGCCCCUCCUCUCCCCGGAGAAUGGUGCAGAAAAGGCGACGGGCAUUCGGGAGCCCACCUUGGGGGACACGGGGUUUUUCGAGACCUCCGACGAUUAUGCAGGUAGCUAUAUGGUCCUGGAGGGCUAUGGCGGCUCAGGAGAGAGUAGCACAGACGACGACGCCCAGGGGGGCGAGAGGGAUCCGGGGAUCCGCUGGGGCCCUGCCGGCGACUCUGGAAUCGACCUGAAGAAGCUGCUGUCAUCAUCGUCCCUGUCGGGCGGCCAACCCAACUUCAGCCGGCAGGUCAUGACUUACCUGCGCCUCCUGCAGGUCAACCUCAACCAUCUAAAGGAAGUGGAGGCCAAGUAUUAUAGACUGUGCCAAAAGCAGGAGGGACCAGCUACCGACAUGUAUGAAAGUAAAGAUAGCUAAGAGCUAGCUGAUGGCCGGGCUUCCCAGUCACUCAUCCACAUCUGGCCAGAGGAAGAGGACACACGGACUUAGGAGAGGGCCUCGGGCUGUCCUCUCAACACUGUUCUCUUCUGAAGCCCUGCUGUCAUGGAGAUUGGAGAAUGGGGGAGGGGCUAGCAUGGCCCCACCCUCAUCUUGAGCAUUUGUGUAAAGCCAAUCAGGGAAGAUGUAGUCCAGCCCGGCCUUCAAAGACUGCUCCUCCAGCCUUCAAGUCCUCUGUUUCGCACAAUCUAACCAAGAGGAGAGAACUGUACCAAAAUGUAUAAAGCUUAGGAUGUAUUAAACACAAACCAGAAGAAAAACUAA